AUGUCUUCUGACGCGGAAAAAUAUGUGAAAUCUUGUUCCACUUGUGCCAUAAAUGGACGACCAGAGCGACCGCCACCAAUGCAAAGGGCAUUUGCUCCAAAGGGUGUGUGGGAAACAAUCGCCCUGGAUUUUAAUGGACCAUAUCUUAAGCUAGGAGGAAUAUCCAUUCUAGUCAUAAUCGACCUACGUUCUAGGUAUGCAAUUGCGCGACCUGUGAAAAUAACUAAAUUUGAGCACACUAAAGCUGUUUUGGAUGCCGUUUUCGAACGUGAAGGAUAUCCCAAAGCUAUGAAAUCCGAUAACGGACCACCUUUCAACGGCGAAGAGUAUUCUAAAUACUGCUCCGAACGCGGAAUCCAAACGAUAUUUUCUACUCCAUUCUACCCUCAGCAGAACGGCCUGGUAGAAGGCUUUAUGAAGGUCGUAAAUAAAGCCAUGUCUACCGCGUUAGCCAAGGGGGGAAAUCAUCAGAAAGAAUUGCAAGCAGCAGUUCAUUCUUAUAAUGCCGCGGAUCACAGCAUAACUAAGCUACCACCAGAAGAGGUGCUAACCGGCCGUAAGAUCAAACGCGGAUUGCCACUUUUGAACUAUGGGAAAAACGAUCAUAAUGAUCUGUUACUCGAUGUAAGAGACCGUGAAGCUAAUUUACAAUCGAAAGAACGAGAGGACGCGAGACGUGGAGCGAAGGUGAGUAAGGUUAAGCCAGGCGAUACUGUUGUUAUCGAGCGUCCAUCGCGAGGUAAAGGUGACAGCAGAUUCGGCUUGAAGCGGUUCACAGUAGUGCAUGAGAAUAACGGCAGUUUGACGCUUUGUGAUACGGAGGGUCAUCAACUGAAGAGGCACGUGACACAGGCCAAGAAGGUCCAACAGUGGCGGGAUCCUGCGCCUAAGGAAACUUGUGGUGAGACUAGCAAUCCAGUAUUUUCUUCCAUCGACGAGUCCCGCGAACGUCCCAGGAGAGAGCGACGGCUUCCUGUCUACCUGUCCGAAUACGUGCGGGCAACUGAGAAAAAUUUGGAUAUGCAUUAG